GUAAUCAAGCUUUUUGUUUUUUUUUGUUUUACUUUCUGGGUUUUCCACCCUGUUUCAUUGCUUGCUUAUAUUCUAUAUGUAUAUAUUCUUCAAUCGCCAUGGUUAUUGAGUUGGAAUUGUGAAUGCACUGAAACACUUCUUUUUCUCUUACAAAAAAAAACUCAGAGACCAGAGAAGGCCAAAAGCAAACCAAUCCUUUUCCCCCCAGUGGAUCCCACUAGCACUACAACCAUGAUUGUGAACGUGAAAGAAUCAACAAUGGUACGGCCGGCGGGGGAGACUCCCCGGCGGAGCCUCUGGAACGCCAACGUGGACUUGGUGGUACCAAGGUUCCACACCCCUAGCGUUUACUUCUACAGGCCGAACGGAGCGGCCAAUUUCUUCGAUCCGCAGGUGAUGAAGGAGGCGUUGAGCAAGGCCCUGGUGCCGUUUUACCCCAUGGCGGGGCGGCUGAAGAGGGACGAGGAUGGAAGGAUCGAGAUUGAUUGCAAUGGCGAAGGGGUGCUCUUUGUUGAGGCUGAAACUAAUUCUGUUAUUGACGAUUUUGGUGAUUUUGCACCCACCUUGGAGCUCAGGCAGCUCAUCCCAACCGUUGAUUAUUCCGGUGGCAUCUCCACGUAUCCACUCUUGGUUUUGCAGGUCACAUAUUUCAAAUGUGGUGGAGCAUCACUAGGUGUUGGCAUGCAACAUCAUGCAGCAGAUGGAUAUUCUGGUCUCCACUUCAUCAACACAUGGUCUGAUAUGGCUCGUGGUCUUGACCUUACAAUUCCACCAUUCAUUGAUCGGACCCUUCUUCGUGCCCGGGACCCCCCACAACCUGUGUUCCACCACGUCGAAUAUCAACCACCACCGGCAAUGAAGAUUCCACCCCAGUCCACCGGUCCUGAAAGCACAGCAAUCUCCAUUUUCAAAUUGACCCGGGAUCAACUCAAUGCACUCAAAGCAAAGUGCAAGGAAGAUGGUAACGAUGUUAACUAUAGUUCAUACGAAAUGUUGUCAGGUCAUGUGUGGAGAUCAGUCUGCAAGGCACGUGGACUUGAAGAUGAUCAAGGGACUAAACUGUACAUUGCCACUGAUGGAAGGGCAAGGUUGCGCCCCCCACUCCCACCUGGUUACUUUGGGAAUGUGAUCUUCACUGCUACCCCAAUAGCAGUGGCAGGGGAUCUACUGUCAAAGCCAACAUGGUACGCUGCGAGCCGUAUUCAUGAUGCAUUGGUUCGGAUGGAUGAUGAAUAUCUAAGGUCAGCCCUUGAUUACCUGGAACUUCAGCCAGAUUUGUCUGCACUUGUACGUGGUGCUCAUACUUUCAGGUGUCCGAACCUUGGGAUUACUAGCUGGGUUAGGCUACCAAUCCAUGAUGCAGAUUUCGGGUGGGGCAGGCCCAUAUUUAUGGGCCCUGGUGGAAUUCCUUAUGAAGGGUUAUCUUUCGUAUUACCAAGUCCAAACAAUGAUGGGAGCUUAUCAGUUGCCAUCUCCUUGCAAACCGAACACAUGAACGUGUUUGAGAAGCUCUUUUAUGACAUUUAAAGGAAGAAGAAACCUCGUAUACAGUCCAUGUAGUCUUUAAACGUUCCUUUUUCCCAAUUUUUGUAAUACUUGUUUAUGUUAUAAAGUCUCACAUUUCACUUGAAAUGUACCUCAAAUUCAGACGUCACUGGUCACAAGCCAUAUGCUUGUGCAUAGAAAAAAGAAAAACUUUGGACAAGUUGUAUUACUAAUUUCGAUUCAAUAUCGAUGUUGUUGAACAUUGUGACAA